AUGCCUUCCAUCAGGGUCCCGGAUACCGGCCUCAUUCUUGAGAGCUCGGCCGCCUCGGGGAACCCCGUUCCUCCCCAGGCCUUCACCAUUAACCUCUCCGAUCACGUCCUCGAGGACCUGAUCAAGUGCGUCCAGAGUGGUGAGGACCUCCAAUUGUCCCUCGGGAGCAGCCCGACGUUGCUCUACGGCUCCAGCUCCCACACCCUUUCUCCGACCUCCGACUCCUUCCCCUCCGACCUCUUCCUCACGAAACCCUUCGAAUCCACGAAACGAGCCACACGAUUACCAGAACCGACAUCACUAUGGAAGAAGUUGCCCGGCUCCGACGCCCCCAAGAAGGCCGAGCGGGCCAAGGCCGCUCCCAAGGGUGCCCCUUCGACUUCGUCGUCAGGCAUGGACUCAGAUACGGAAAAUCUGCAGAACUCCAUCAACGCGGCGAAGGCACAGAAGAAGCAAUCGCAAGUCAUGGACAGGCCACUACCGACGAAGAAGACCACAGGGAAGACUGCAAAGUCAAAGCUGCUGUCGAGCAUGGCAUCAUACGGCAACGGCGGCGGCAAGUCUUCGCCUGCUUCACCUGCUCUGGUAGCCGUCAGCUCGCCCUCGACGAAUCCGGUCUUCUCCUCUUCGCAGCAAGUCGUCGAGAAGUUCAAGGAGCAACGAUCCAUGAUUGUCCACGAACUUGCUGUACAAGACCGACCGGAGGACUACCUGUCAGAUCUGUGGGAAGGCAAGGACGACGAGUUCAAGCCCGCCCUGGAGAAGGUCGCCCAAUUUGAGAAGGAUACUCAGAAGUGGGCGCUGAGAAAGAAUUACUGGAGAGAGCUGGACGUGUGGAAGUACGACUAUGAUACCCAAGAUACCCGACAAAAAGCGAUCGACAACGCGAUCCGUCAGUUCGACAAGAUGCGAUUGGCAACUACGGAGCCCGAGUGGCAGAAGCUCCUCCCCAGGGAGGAGCGAGGAAAGGGCAAAAUCCUCAGCAAGCUGCAAGCAAACAUCGCCAAAGCUUCCGCUGCACCUCCACCAAAAAUCAAGGUGCAGGAACCUGCCGACGACGAGGAAGACGUUCUCAAGAUGAAGGGUGGCGAGACCAUGUCACGAUCAUCUUCGAACCCCCUGCCGGCGAAGCCCAAGAAGGCCGCCGACACCACGGCGAAGCGGCUGCUGUCUACGAACCCGAAGAAGGCUGCCCCGGCGAAGGCCGCCGCGAGCAAGAGCAAAGAGAAGGCACCUGCACCUGGCAAAAAUGGACGGGUUCUUUCUGCGGAGUUUAUCACCAAUUCAGACUCCGACUCAGAAUCCUCGGAAGACAAGCCAAUGGCAACAAUCGCGGCUGCCAAGCCCAGACCUGCACCCGUCGCCGCACCUCCGCCUAAGAAGAAGCCUGAGCAUUCCUUGCCUCCUAAGCCGAAGAUUGCAGUGCCCAAGCCGAAGCCCAAGCCUGUGGAGAGAACCGUGGAGAGACCCGUUGAGCGACCGGUGGAAAAGUCAAUUGAGCGGCCUAGGGAGAGGCCAGUCGAGCGAGAGGCGAUCAAGACAGUCAAGUCGCAGCCGCCUAAGCGACACCGGGAGGAGGAGGCGGAUGACAGCAGCUCCAGCUCUGGUGCACCCCUUGCGAAACGGGCGAAGCCAAAGGCGCCGAUCAAGGCACCCGUGAACCUUAAGCAGCGCCCCGCGGACGGCGCAUAUGCUUCGCCCCGCAACUCAUCUGGGGUCUCCUUCAAGAGCAAGAAUACAUCGCCGGCCAAGUCUUCGCCUCUGGCUUCGUCACCACCUACGAAUGCUUCAGAUCUCGAACAGUCAGCACCCAAGAAACGCAAGGCUAUCGAAUCUUCCGACUCUUCAAUCGACAGCGCCCGGACCAAGACGGCCCCCAAGCGUCAACGCAUGCUUAGCCCCGAUCUGGUCAGCAAGGCCGCGCGUUUCAAGAUGUUCUACGAAAAGUACGAGGCUCUGCACUGGGAGAUUGCAGACAUGUCACACCCGCCCGAGGAGAAGAUGGCCGAUCUGCUCGACAUGCGCGAACGACUCAAACUCAUGAAGACGGAGAUUUACAAGGAGUGCCCGCCCCCAAUUGCGGUUGCUUAG